AUGUCGGACUUAGAGGAUCUCUUCGGGAGCGAAGCCGAGAGCAAGGCUGAGUUCGAGCUCAAAGAGUCUGAUCCUGGGUCUGACUCAGACUCUGAACAGGAGAACCUUGCAUCCGGCAGCAAAGCCUCCGCCACCGGCAGCGAGAGUGCUCAAGAUGAAAGAGGUGAUUCAGGACAGCUCCGUAAGGAGGAACUGUUUGGAGAUAACAGUGAAGAGGAGGGGACCUCUCUUCACAGUGGCAGGGACAAUCACUCCGAACAAUCAGACAAUACUUCAGAGGCUUCUGAGCACUCUGACCAGGAGGACAACAAGCCGUCUGACGUAGAUCAGCACAGUGGCUCUGAAGCCAACAACGAUGAUACCGAUGACCAGGAGCAGGAGCAAGGGUCUGAUGAGGAUAAGCUACAGAACUCAGACGAUGAGGAGAAGAAUAUGCAGAACACAGUUGAUGAGUGGGCCCACCUUUUUGAUGAUGACAGUCAACAGCUGUCUGAGGAGAAAAAGGAGAAUUCUGAUGAUGAGCGCCCUGUAGUUUCUGACGAUGAUGACUGGAAGCAGAAUUCAGACGAUGAGGACAGGCCACAGGCGUUCAAUGAGAAAAUGCAAAACUCUGAUGAUGAAAGGCCACAAGUCUCGGAUGAUGAGAGAAGGCAUUCAGAUGAUGAUAAGGAGCAGGACCAGAAGUCAGAAUCCACAAGAGGCAGUGACAGUGAAGAUGGGGUUUUACGAAUGAAGCGCAAGAAUGCAAUUCGAUCUGUUUCAGAAGCGGAUAGUGACAGCAAGGUGCCCAAAGAAAAUAGUGGGACUAUGGAUCUGUUUGGAGAUGUAAUUGUCAUAUCUUCAGGGAGUGAUGGGGAAGAUAAGCCCCCUACUCCAGGACAGUCUGUGGAUGAAAAUGCCUUGCCUCAGGAUCAGCAGGAGGAGGAGCCAAUACCUGAAACCAGAAUAGAAGUAGAAAUCCCCAAAUUAAACACUGACCUAGGAAACUACUUAUAUUUUGUUAAACUGCCCAACUUCCUCAGUGUAGAGCCCAGGCCUUUUGAUCCUCAGUAUUAUGAAGAUGAAUUUGAAGAAGAGGAGAUAUUGGAUGAAGAAGGGAGAACCAGGUUAAAAUUGAAGGGAGAAAAUACUAUAAGAUGGAGGAUACACAGAGAUGAAGAAGGAAAUGAGAUUAAACAAAGCAAUGCUCGGAUAGUCAAGUGGUCAGAUGGAAGCAUGUCUUUACAUGUAGGCAAUGAAGUGUUUGAUGUGUACAAAGCCCCACUGCAGGGUUACCAUAACCAUCUUUUCAUAAGACAAGGUGCUGAGCUGCAGGGGCAGGCUGUCUUUAAUACAAAGCUCACCUUCAGACCUCACUCUACAGACAGUGCCACACACAGGAAGAUGACUCUGUCACUUGCAAAGAGAUGUACAGAGACACCAAAGAUCAAAAUAUUACCCAUGGUGGGCCGUGACCCUGAGUACCAGCGCACAAACAUGAUUAAGAAAGAACAUGCGUGCCUGAGGGCCUCCAUUAGGAGGGAGUCACAGCAGCGACAAAUGAGAAAGAAGCAGCACCAGCGGGGCGUGAGCACCAGCUACCGGGAGCCUUCUCAACACAACAAGGAGGAGGAAGGCAAGGAGUCCGUCAGCCUGGCAGCCAGCCACAAAGGAGGCACUCACGAGGAACCGGCCAGAAUCUACUCUUCAAACAGUGAUGAGGGCUCAGAAGAAGACAAGGCUCAAAGAUUACUCAAAGCAAAGAAACUCAACAGUGAUGAGGAAGGUGCAUCUUCUGGAAAGAGGAAAGCAGAAGAUGAUGGUAAAGGAAACAAAGUGCAUAAAAGUAUGUGA